AUCUGCGGUGGCUAAACAAUCGACGGAACAAAUCCGUCGUAACCGGAUGUUGGUCCCCAACUUCUUUUCUUCUCUCGUCUACUGUGAUCCCACCAUUCCUCACAUUGAGCAGUUGGAAGAAUUGCGUUCCAUCAUUCCACCGCCUCCGCUGGACAUUUCGACCGAGAAGGAAUGUUUCGAUUUGUGGAUGAAGGUGAUGCGACUCGACACUUACCGCAAAGCCGUCAUCACCGGACUUGUUUCCAGCAUCGGCAGUCUCACGGAGAGUUUGGUUAAAAGUUCCAGCGCUUCAUCAAAGCUCACCAUUGCACGCUUCUAAAUAUUGUAAAUGUGAGUUUGAUUGAAUGCGCCGUUUUUUUGUUUCUUUACACCUUUACUACAAAACCACAUUUAAAAAAAAAAAAAGCCCUUCGGGAACCUCUCCAAGGAGCCUCGGCGCAUUGGUAGCAGUAUUUGAACUUCCGUUUGAGCUUUACUGCCGGAUGCAACAAAAAGUUCAAGCGUGUAACCAGUGUAACUAUCAACUGCUAUCAACCGCUAUCAACAAGCUUAUGUUCAGUUCAGAGCUGUACCCGACUAUUUAUCUUGUAAUGAUCGAUAUACCGUGUCAUGCAAAUUAGCUGUGCAACAUGCUAUAUAAUCUCAAAUAUUUCUCAAAGAGCAAAAGUUAAAAAGUCUAAACCGCUAAACGAGAUGCGAAUGCGAUUGCAAAAUUGAUCUCUCUCUUGUGGUUUGCGCAACGACGAUAGAUGGCAACCCCGCAAUGUUUAUAUUUUGAUUUCACUCCUCUCCCAUCCGAAUUUUCACUCCCCCCAGCUCCAGUUCGCCACAUCCUAAUUGAAAUCUGUGAUCUCAUUAGUUGUUAUUGUAAAUCUGAACAUUUCCGUUAACACAGUCUUAUAAUUUUGUCCAAAGUUAUUUCCAAUGAGUGUCGCAUAUGCCGAUGAAAUAGUACAGAGUACGCCGUAUGAAGUUUUUGAUUCGUUUGUUUUAGAUGAAGCUGAAAUAACCAGUCCAAAGGAAAAACCCCGUAAUCUGAUUGCAUACUGGCUCUUGGGUCUAUGCAACAAUUAUGCCUAUGUCAUAAUGUUGAGCGCUGCUCAUGACAUUCUCAGUGAAGACUUCCAGGGAAAUAGUACCGUUCCCACUCCAAGUCCUGUAACAAAUAACACGAGGGACUGCAAUCCUGUUUCGACAGGAGCCAUUUUACUUGCUGAUGUCCUACCCAGUCUUGCAAUGAAACUUACUAUGCCAUUCCUCUUAACACACAUCAGACUAAGGGUCUUAAUUGUCAUACUAUUAAGCAGUGCAAGUUUCUUGAUGGUUUCAUUCAGCACUGCACAAUGGCAAGCCUUUUUGGGGGUUGUAUUUGCUGCCAUUAGUGGUGGACUUGGAGAGGUUACAUUUUUGCAGUACUCUUCUAACUAUGAUAAGAAUGUAGUUUCUACUUGGUCGUCUGGUACAGGCGGAUCCGGACUGUUUGGCGCAUUAUCAUUUGCUGCCUUAACUACCGCCGGCCUUAGCGCUCGAAAAACUGUCCUCUUGAUGUUGGUAAUUCCUGCGUUGAUGGCAAUCACGUUUUUCUUUAUAUUAGACCAUGAGAAACGACGAGUUAAAACAAAUGACAGUGAUGCUGAUACCGAACCCUUGAUGGAGGAGAAUCAACCUAGUUUUAAGGGUCAUAUUGCUCCUAUAAGCAUGCGGUCCAAAUGUCGAAUGUUACCACGGAUGGCUCGUUUUAUUGUUCCUCUGGGAUCAGUUUAUCUGUUUGAAUAUUUUAUCAACCAAGGAGUGUUUGAAUUGAUAUAUUUUGAAAACAUAUGGUUGGAUCACCACAGCCAAUACAGAUGGCUUCAAGUGGAUUAUCAGCUCGGUGUUUUCCUAUCUCGUUCUUCCGUAAACUUAUUCCGAAUUAAUGCUGUUUGGUUCUUAGCUGUCUUGCAAUUUGUAAAUGUAAUCCUGCUGACGACAGAAGCUGUUUUCUUGUAUAUACCUUCCAUUUGGAUUGUCUUUACAAUAGUUUUUUGGGAAGGACUUCUGGCUGGAGCUGCCUAUGUAAAUACAUUUUACCGAGUGGCCUUCGAGACCAUUCCCCAAGAAAAAGCGUUUGCCAUGGGAAUCACUUCGCUCGCUGGAAGUGUCGGAGUUUCAACCGCCGGAGCUUUAGCUGUGCCUUUUCAUCAAUAUCUCUGUUCUUUGCCGAUAAUUCAUCGAACCAACAAAUGGUGAAUGAAAGGAUUUUCAUUUAUCCGGAAAUUUUAUUGUCAGUUCUUUUUAAUUUCGAACGAUAAAAGACAAAUUGACUUUCAAUUCAUUUAUUUUCACAAUACAGAGAUUUUGUCAUACCGCAAAAAUCUUUCACCCAGUAAUAAAAAUGCGUGACAAAAAUAUACCUGUCGAACGAGAGCUACUAAAGACUAUUUGAGUUGGACAAUGCAAAAGGUGAUUCAGAUGAACUUCUGCAAAUAAGAUCGAAAAUUGAACCCGACAACGACGGCUGUGGCAACGACGGCAGUUCCUGUACUCCAAAGCAGCUUGCGAACCCCCUGCAAGGAAAACAAAACA